AUGAUAGCUCGUCAUUACGCUACUGAGUCAAUUGUUUAUCUCCUCGCUUCCAACAUGGAUCGCGGUAUACAGGACUAUCAGCUAGAAGCUGCUAUUGGCAAAGUUGCUGCUUCGGAAAACGCCUGGUGGGUAUGCGAUGAAGCUAUUCAGCUUCAUGGUGGCAUGGGUUUUAUGACUGAGACUGGCUUGGAGCGAGUAAUGAGAGAUCUUCGAAUAUUUAGAAUAUUCGAGGGUGCAAAUGAUGUUAUGAGACUUUUCGUGGCCCUUACCGGAGCACAACAUGCUGGCAAACAUCUUCAGCAAGUCGCGAAAGACAUCAAAGCGGGAGCAAUUGGGACGCUAUUCGGGCAAGUAAUAAAGCGAGCGACGGGUAGAAGCACUGGUGGAGACUUUGAGGCCGUUGUUGAUCCUGCGCUUGUGGAAUCAGCCAAGGAACUUGAUUCGUGUAUCAAAGAGUUUGGAAAAACUAUCGAGAAACUCCUGAUGAAGUACAGAAAAGGAAUUAUAGGUUGGUUUAAAAGACUCUUCUAGGC